AUGAAGUCAUACACGGUAGCUGAUCUCUUCCUUGAGAGCCUAGCGCUGUUCGUAGCUCUAUCUGCGGCAGACGGUUUCGCUCGCUUGACGAAGCGUCCCCAAUGCGUAAUCGUCCACGUCGACGUUGGCACUGCAGCCCUCGGCCAAGGCCUGCACAAUGCCUCAUCCGGUAGAGCUCCCGUGCUCAUCUUCGCAGGGCAGGCGCCCCUGACUCUUCACGGCGAGCUUCCAGGCUCGCGGUCAGAGCACGUGCAGUGGUACCAGGACGUCCCGAACCAACACGCCAUCGUCGCCCCCUACGCGCGCUACACGGCCGAGCUCAAGCACGCCGCCCACACGCGCACCAUCGUGCGCCGCGCCCUCGCCAUGUCCGUCGCCACCAGCCCCGGCCCCGUCUACCUGACGGCGACGCGCGAGGUUCUCGCCGCGCCCGCCGACCCCGCCUUCUUCCCUGACGAACCUUCUUCUUCUUCUUCUUCUUCUUCUUCUCUUACUACCACAGCCCCGCAACCCCCUCCCUCCUCCACCCUCGGCGCCCUCCCUCCCCACGCCGUCACCACCAUCGCCACCGCCCUCCUGGCUGCGGACUCCCCGCUCGUCGUGACCGGCUACCUCGGCCGCAGCAACGGCGCCGUCCACGCGCUCGUCGCCCUCGCGUCCAUCGUGCGCGGCCUGCGCGUCUUCGACGCCGAGUUCCGCGAGAUGUCGUUCCCUGCCACGCACCGCGCCGCCAUCCAUAGAUCGACCGGGGCCGCGGCGGCGAUCAAGGGCUCGGACGUGAUUCUGUUGCUGGACGUCGACGUGCCGUGGAUCCCGACGAAGGUGCGGCCGGAGAGGAGGGAUGGCGGCGGGGUGAGGAUCUUCCACGUGGACUGCGACCCGCGCAAGGAGAAGAUGGGCCUGUUCGAUGUAGGUGCGGAUGAGGAGAGCGGCGGUGGCGGCGGGACGUGGGCGGCCGACGCGGGCACGGCGCUGGAGCAGCUGUGCGAGUGGCUUCGCGGGCCCGCCGGGGCGGGGAUGCUGGCGGAGCGCGCGGCCGCGUUCGACCGCCGCUGGGAGGAGCUGGGCCGCCGCCACGAAGAGGGCUGCAGGCUGCUGGCCGAGAAGGCGCGGCCCGCCGCCGCCUCGGACGGCCGCUUGACGCCGGCGGCGCUGUUCGCGGCGUUGAGGCGCGCGUUGCCCCAGGACACGAUCUGGGUCAGCGACGUCGUGACGAACCAGGUCGCGCUGAGCGAGCAGUUGGCGCUGCAGGUGCCCGGGACGAACUUCACGAAGGGCGGGAGCGGGCUGGGUUGGAGCGGCGGCGCGGCGGUUGGGAUCAAGAUCGCGACGGAGCUGUACGACACGGCGAACGAGCGGCCGUGUGUGAAUCGACGUGCGGGCGGGCGUGAUGGGAAAGGUAGGUUCAUCUGCAGCAUCACGGGGGAUGGCAGCUUCAUCUUCGGAGCCCCCUCGGCCGUGUACUGGGCUCAGCACCAGCAUCAGACGCCGUUCCUGACCGUCAUUGUCAACAAUGGUGGGUGGAAGGCAACGCGCUCUUGUAUCAACGAUGUGCAUCCGGAUGGGCUGGCGGCCAAGACGUCGGACCACGGACUGGGAAUUGAUUUGCGAGGCAAUGGUCCGGAUUAUCUCGGUAUUGCAAAGUCUGCAGCAGGAGGCAAUCUGGUUACGGCAACGGUAGACAAGUUUGACGACUUAGAAGCGGUUAUUGCAACACUUCGCAAGGAUGUAGAGGAACGGAGAGUUGGAGCCGUUUUGGAGGCUGUAGUGGUUUGA